CGGAAGUGUUGUGAGGCAAUGGGAUGGGGUGGGGGGGGAAAGCGUCUCUUGAGCUGCUCGGAUUAGCGUCUCAAUGAGGAAAGUUCCACUGUCCUUAGAAGUGCAGUACUCUGCAAUCUGCAAAUACAAUCAAAAUGGGGCCUAGACGGAAAAACAUGAAAGUGUAUUCCACAAGCCGGGAAAGUCCUGUAUGCAUCAAAGCUGCUGAGCUGAAAGACUACAUGAACCAGCUUUCACAUGAAGUGCUUUGCCAUAUCUUUAGGUAUCUUCCCCUGCAGGAUAUCAUGUGCAUGGAAUGCCUCUCCCGGAAGUUAAAGGAAGCUGUCAUCUUGUAUCUAAGAGUAGUAAAAGUUGUGGAUCUCUGCGCAGGUCGCUGGUGGGAAUAUAUGCCCACUGGAUUCACAGAUUCCAGCUUCCUAACCUUGCUGAAGAAAAUGCCAGACAUUGAGCAGCUAUAUGGCCUUCAUCCCAGGCACCUUGACAGACGUAGGGUUCGGGGUUAUGAAGCCUUCAGCAUUCCCGGGGUACUAGAAGCUUUACAGGCUUGCCCAAAUCUUUUGGUAUGUGUUCAAAACAUAAAUAUAAAUAUCACCAAACCACAACCUUUUAAGGAUUUCCUUUGCAUCAGCUUACGCACUUUUGUCAUGAGAAAUUGUGCAGGACCCACAAACUCAUUGAAGUAUGUUCCCCUGGUCACUGGCUUAGCUUCUGCUCGAAACUUGGAACAUCUAGAAUUGGUUCGAGUUCCUUUUCUUGGAGGACUUAUUCAGCAUGUUGUAGAAGACAGCUGGAGAUCUGGGGGCUUCAGAAAUUUGCACACUAUAGUUCUAGGAGCUUGCAAGAAUGCUUUGGAAGUUGAUCUUGGCUACCUCAUCAUAACUGCUGCACGAAGGUUGCAUGAAGUACGAAUUCAGCCUUCCCUAACCAAAGAUGGAGUAUUCUCUGCUCUAAAAAUGGCAGAAUUGGAAUUUCCCCAGUUUGAAACACUACAUCUUGGAUACGUUGAUGAGUUUUUGUUACAGUGUAAAAUGAUCAAUGCAGAUCUGGUGAAAUACGGAUUAGCUGAUGUGGUUGAAAAUCCAGGCAUUAUCACGGACAUAGGAAUGAAAGCAGUAAAUGAAGUCUUCUCUUCAAUUAAAUAUCUUGUCAUAUACAACUGCCCUCAUUUACAUAAUCCAAGUAGCUGGAUCACAGAUCAUUCAAGGUGGACUCGGCUUUUUGAUCUCACCCUGGUGAGAUGCCAUGCAAUAAAACUAGACUCUUUUAGUCAGUUUAUUGAAUUACUACCAAGCCUGGAGUUUAUCUCUCUGGACCAGAUGUUUCGGGAACCACCCAAGGGAUGUGCUCGUGUAGGUCUGAGUGCAGGUACAGGAAUUGGAGUUUCCUCUGCUUUGGUGAGCAACCAGAACUCCAACAAUGAAAACGACAACAAUAACCAGAACAAUAAUGCCAAUAUUCACCAUAAUAACCAUCAGCAACCCAAUGAUCAAAAUGAAGAGAAUGAAUUGCGACAGGAGGAACAGAUGGAGGAACAGCAGAAUGCAGCAGAUGCACUGAAUGAGAUAGAGGAGGUGGCGCAGGAAGAUGGAGUGGCUUUGGUAGAGAGCCACAGUGAAGCAAUUGCAACUAAUCAAGCACUUCUUCCCAUGGAAAUUGAUGAAGAACAAGCAGGACCUAGUGGUCUUCAGCCUAGUGUAAACCUAGCACCCAUUACAGUCCAUGAUUCUGACAGUGAAGAUGAAGAUGAAAACAUGGCAAGCUCAAGAUCCUGUAUCACAAACAGCAUUGCACAAAGUUACUCAGAUGGAGAGGAAAGACUUAGAGAUCCAGUGGAAAUCCAGGAGCCCUUAGCCGUGAGUGGUAAAGGCAAAGCUCCACUUCGGAAAAGAUGUAGUGCCAGUCGGGUGAAACUUUUUCUUUCUGAGGAGAGCAGCUGUGAAAAGGGCUGUCAAGUCACCAGUGAGCAGAUUAAAGCAGAUAUGAAAGCAGCCAGUGAUGUGACCACAGAAAAAAAUAAAAACAAAGAUUGUAACCCAAGCUGUGGUGGGGAUACUGGACCUCCAGGAAGCUCGUCCUCUGCUGCUUCUCAAAGCCUGGAAGAUGUCAGGAAAGCAGAUAGCUCUACUGAGUCCCUUUCUGUAGCUGCAGAGGAUUCUGAGAAGUGUCUCUGUAGGAAUGAAGAUUCCAGCGAACGGGAUGAUGAAGAAAAUUCUUUAUGCUCCAGGUGUUCCUGCUAUGUGCCUCAGAGCCAGCAAAAGAGAACUAAUGGUGCCUCUGAUGAUGAAUGUCCAUCUACCAGUGGAGUCUGUGAUACAAAUGGACCAUCUGUGGGAGGAGCAGAACUUUCUCUGAGAACAUUAGCAAACUGUGAUUCCUCAGGGGAAGCCAAUAAUGAGAGGACUGAGGAGGGUGUCUGUGGGACUGCUAAUGAGGAGGACAAUACUUUACAGCAAGCACCGUUUGAAAUGGAAUACAAUGAAGAUUAUCCUCGUAGGCCUUUAACAAGAGCCAGAAGUAGACUUACCCAUGUGCCUUUGGUGUCUCAGCCAGAAGCAGCCAAACCAAAAUCUCGACAUUCAGUGAAGAGAAAACGGACAGCUGACAAAUCUACAAGCACCAGUGAUCCUGUGAUUGAGGAUGACCACAUCCAGGUUUUAACACUAAAAUCAAAAAACCUUGUUGGAAUCACCUUGACUAACUGUGGCAUAACAGACCUGGUGCUGAAAGACUGCCCUAAAAUGAUGUUCAUUCAUGCCACCAGGUGUCGUGUUCUUAAGCACUUAAAAGUAGAGAAUGCACCCAUUGUCAAUCGUUUCGAUUAUGCUCAGUGCAAGAAAUUAAAUAUGGAUCAGGUCCUAGAUCAGAUACUCCGGAUGCCUCCAGAAAGAAACCGGAUUAUUUACCUUCGUCCAAUGCAACAGGUUGACACACUGACUCUUGAGCAAAAAAUAUUUAGUGGUCCUUAUCCAUAUCAUAUAUGUGUCAUUCAUGAAUUCAGUAAUCCUCCAAAUGUUCGCAAUAAAGUCCGGAUUCGCAGCUGGAUGGACACAAUAGCAAAUAUCAAUCAAGAGCUUAUUAAAUAUGAAUUCUUUCCUGAAGCCACACGAACAGAAGACGAUCUAAAAAAAUAUACAAGAUAUCCCUGGGGGAGAGAUAUUUACACUCUAGAAGGUGUUGUGGAUGGAGCUCCCUAUUCAAUGAUAACAGAUUUCCCAUGGUUGAGGUCCCUGAGGACAGCUGAUCCUAAUGGCUAUGCAAGAUAUGAUUUUGAAGAUGAUGAAAAGACUACUAUUUACGCUCCCCGGAGAAAAGGACAACUGUCAGCAGAUAUCUGCAUGGAAACGAUAGGUGAAGAAAUCUCUGAACUCCGUCAGAUGAAGAAAGGGGUAUUCCAGAGGGUAGUUGCUAUCUUCAUCCAUUACUGUGAUGUUAAUGGAGAGCCAGUAGAGGACGAUUACAUCUGAAUGCAUCCAGCUGCAAGCUCUCUCGGAGCCUUCCUGUGUUUGACUGGCAUUGCCAAAGCAUAGAAACCAGAUGGAUUUCACCCACUGCUGUAGUGCACUGAGAAAUCUUCGAAUUUAUGUGGUUCACGAUUACCCCAACAUCUAUUGGAACAAUAGUAAAUGUAUCAGGAGAAGUUGCAGUGAAUGCUGAGGACCCUACAUAAAAAAAAAUCCUCAUGAAGUUGACUUUAUUUCAUAUGUUUAUAUUAUGAGAUUUAAUUCAAAUUUUAUUUUAAUGAAGGCAAUUAAUUACGGCAAAGCAAAACAUUUGAAUUUCUUAGCUCAUAUAAUUCAUAGCAGUAUUUUUGUUGGUUUGCCAGAAGCAAAACCCUAUAUAUGCUGUGUUCAGGAGUCACAAGAGUCUUUUAAUCUGUGCCUUCCCCCACCAUGCCCCCCUUACACAUCUAAGAGUCCAUUCUGAGUAAAUUUGUUGAACAGCUUUUUGAGUCUUGUGCAUUUUUCAAGGGGAAGUGAAAUUGGAAGACCUUAAACCACUGUCAAAUGGCAGAAGGGGAAAAGAGCAGCCAUGCAAAUGAUUUGUAGAAAGCUAUCCCAGAAACCAAAUUAAAAUCAGCCUGAGUGUUCAAAUGAAAGCACAGGUGGGAUAGAGGGUUCAAAAGCAAUAAACUAAUAAAUGAAUUUCCUCUGUUGCAGUUUUCUUCUUUAGUAGGUAUUACUUUCAGGAAAGAUGCAAAUAUAUUCUUUUUAAAAAAACAAACAAACUAGUCCACUUACAUAGUUUUCUAUGUAUGGCUGCUCCUGUUACUUUUGCCUGAAUUCUGUGAUGCUACUUUUUACAUCUAUUUGAUUGGAUUUACCCAAAACAUGUUUCCUGAGUCCAUUUGGUAUCAUAAUUCUUUUCAACAUCCUCUGAUAGGGACCGAAAAGUCUCAAAAAAUAAUAUCUUGUGUAAUAAUUUCUAUGCUUAUAACUAGUAUCAAAACCAAAUAAUAUUGCCAAUAGUUAUUGUCCUGUCACGAUAUUUAAUUCAUCUGAAGUUUAUAGCAUUUUACUAUAUAAUAAUUAGAUAAACAUUUUGUUGAAUAUGUUCUUAUGUUAAUGGAUGCGACGUUUAUUUCUAUUAUAACAACAAUCAAAAAGAAGAAUUGCACUUCAGUUCCAUUGUUUAUUUGCUGUGUUGUGAACUCUGAAAAUGACAGCAUAUUCCUUUCUUCUCUGGAUGGCCUUGAGAUAGCUAAAUUAGUCGCAUAAUUAGGCAUUUCAAAAACAAGAUUACCAGUUUGUCUCGAGUAAUAUAUUGACACUGAAAGUUAAAUAAUCAAAGUUCAAAAAAAACACCCAUUUCUUAAUAGCAGUUAGCUAUGAAUAGGUUUCCUGCUCAGCAAGUGGAAAUGUAUGGUGAUUGGUGUCCAAUCGUGUUUUUCUAUUAUGUAUGUCUCUAGAGAGCUUAUCUCUCUGCUUUUUCAUGCUGGUCUGAAGCAAUAAUUAUACUUUUUGCAUUCAUUAGUGCCACUGAAAAGAGGGGUGUGAAAAGCAAGAAUAAAAAGAAUAGUCAAGGAUUUACGUUCUAUAUUAGUACAGAACUAAGCCCCAUGAUAAAAGUUGGCUUCAUUUUAUUUGUAUUUUUUUAAUUGUAUAAACAAUAGGAAUUUGUAUGUAUAUUUCUCUGUGGUUGAGUUGUGUUCGAUGUGAGUGUCAGUGUUUGCACACUAGCGUAUACGUAUACUGAUGUCAUUUGACUUCUAUUUUGCUUUUUAUAAGAGCAAUUAAAAGAGCAUUGAAGUUUAACUUUUCAAUGGUGACCUUUCGAAGACUGAUGUAACCAUUUCAAACUAUCAAAUCAUUGGUAUUUCCUUUGCAAACCUCUUGGGCCUAAGUUCAUGGUUGAUAUAUUUACAUUCUAUUAUUCCAUUAGCAAGUGUUCAUCCCUUGUGUUAAUACAUUGGCUUUAGUAAUAGAACGGAGGAAAUGUCCUCAAGCCCAGCCAACCACAGAUUUUUUUUAAUAAUAAUAUUUAUAUUUGAAAAGGAUAAUUGUCACUUAUGAAGUCUUUUACUUAUCAGAACUCCUCAACCUUCAAAUGUUUAGAUGUUCCUCAAAAGUUCCACUGGUACACUUGUUAACUGAUUAUUUCUUCCUCCUCCUCCUUAUCUGUAUUUGUUUGAAAUAAAUAAGACCAGAAGUGGACUAAGCAAAUAGAGAAACAUUUCAGGCUACAAAGAACUUCUGGACACCCAAUAAAAACGUAAGAUAUCUUAAAGGAACAUGUAAUCUGUUAUAGCCACAUUAUGAAAUGAAUGAUACUUUCAAUUGCCUAGUUGCAAUUUAAGAUCCCAAACUCCCCUACUAAAUUGUACUACAACAGAAAAAUGGAUACACAUAUGGGUGAUAAAGUUGUCGAAGUCUCUGGAUUCCAAUACGAAGGAUACCUCAUGCUUGCACUUCAUGUCAAAUAUAAUGUCAACCAAGGAAGGUAAGGCUGUUUGAAAAGUAGUUGUGUCUUUUCCUUAAGCCAGCUUUUACAUUGUGAAACUUUAUUUGAAAAAGUUGGAAACAUUUCUAAGGGCAAGUGAUGUAGCACAAUUUUAUUUUAAAUGCUCAAAUGUUUACCAAGAAAGAGAACUAUAAAAGUAUACAGAAUUAGGUAAUGUGACAUUUAGAGCGCCAAUUGUUUUAAAAAUUGCCUGUAUUAAGAUUUUCAGGAACAGAUGUGUUAAACAACUUUUUUAGUUUAUUACCAAAGCUGAAAGUCUUUGUAGGUUGACAGUUGUUUCUUGAUGAUUCUAUACACAAACUCUCCCAGUUAAAAUGUUGCUUUGCCAGCUCUCAGGCAAGGAACCUGAAGGAACAGAUGGAGCAGAUAUAAUAUUAGAAAGCAAAUAUUUGUAUAAUUCCAUGUAGCUAUCUGUAAGAGGAAGCUUGUUAGGGCAAAUCACUCCAAAUGAUAUCACCCAUUUAAUGGACAGGAAUCGAGAACAGUUGAUAAAUCAGUCGCAGAAGACUUAGUAGCCUAGAAGAACUUGGAGAAUAGCCAACAAAAUGUGUCAAGAGGAACUUUGCAAAUGAAUUAGGACAAAAGAUAAAAUUUUAAAAAAUGAAACCAGCUUACGUCUCAUUCAGUUCAGUAAAGUAAAGGAAAGUCUUGAAGUAAUAUGAAGCUCAACAGAUCCUCAUUUCCUGGAAUACAGUUGGAUGUACUAUAAAAGCAAUGAUCUUUGGAUUUUGAGAUUAUUAAUAAUUUUGAUACUGUUAAACAUUGAAAAUGGUUUGUAUCCCUCAACAAUUACAAGAAAAAUAAAUAAUAGCUGAGAAACAUUA